GAAGAUAUGGCAAGAAUGUCUAGAAUCAGAUUUAGAGUCAUUUAGAGACAAAUGUAAAAACAUUGAAAAGACGUACAAUGAAAUGGUGUAAUACUCCAGGAAGCAGCUGGUAUCCACAGAGAGACAGAUCAGAGGUGUGUUUGAGAAGCUUUACCAGUUCCUGAGAGAGGAAGAGGAGGCCAGACUGGCAGCACUGAGGAAGGAAGAGGAGGAGAAGGGGAAGAUGAUUGCCAGAGAGAUGAAACACAUUGAGGACCAGAUCUCUUCACUCACAGAAAUCAUCACUGCUGUGAAACAAGAACUCCAAAAACAAGAGGUGUCAUUUCUCAAGAGCUACAAACACACACAGACGUUCUCCAGAGCCCAGGACACACUGCUGGAUCCACAGCUGGUCUCAGGAGCACUGAUAGAUGUGGCCAAACACCUGGCCAACCUGCAGUUCAGAGUCUGGGAGAAGAUGCAGGGGAUUGUCAAAUACACUCCUGUGAUUCUGGACCCCAACACUGCUUCCCACUGGCUCUCUCUGUCUGAUGAUCUGACCAGUGUGAGUCAGACAGUCCCAACCCAGCAGCUCCCUGACAACCCAGAGAGGAACACAAAUUAUGCCACAGUUCUGGGCUCUUAGGGGUUCAGCUCAGGAAGGCACAGCUGGGAGGUGGAGGUGGGGGACCAGCCUUACUGGUUUAUAGGCGUGGCCAAGGAGUCGAUCAACAGGAGGGGGAAGCAACCCCAGAGUAUGCAUACUGGGCUAUGCACCAGAGUAGUGGUCAGCAUUGGGCAGGACAUGAGACCCUCACUCUGAAGAGGAGACCCCAGAGGAUCAGAUUACAGCUGGCCUACAGAGAGGGGAGUAAUGUCACAACAGAAUGAAGCUGUUCUAGAGUUAUGUCAAUAUGGAUCACAUUCUGUAGCAUGUGUAAAGGAAGUUAUUUGACAGCUCAAUAUGAUCUACUGCAACUGUUGCAUUGGGUAGUCCAUACCUCAACCAUGUACCUUGAAACAUG